CAUAACCCCCGUCACCCUCUUCCAGCGCGUCUUUUCCUCACCGAUCCAUUCCGGAACUCACAAGGGUAUUUAAACCGCAGCGGAAGGGUUUUGAAGUCCGCCUUCUCGGGUUUCCUUUUCCGGCUCCCUCUUUAUUAUAUCGUUUCCUCCUCGCUCUCUUGUCUUCUACCCCUGCGUUCUCCUCUCCCUCUCCGAUCGUUGCGGAGAUUGCUCGAAUUCUCCUCUGAGUCCUCGCUCCAAUCGGCAUUCCCAGGGCCGGAUUGAUUCCCUUGCUGCGGCGAUCCGGUGGGACAUUGCCUGGCUAGAACGGCUCUUCCCCUGGUUUAUUCUCCCUCUUUCUGCUCGUCUUUGCCGGCAACUGUUUCGGUGGUUUGAAAGGUCCGAUUCUUCUGAUCUACCUUGGCGUGGGAGUCUGGCGAUGGAUUAUGGCCCUACGGAUAGCAGCGGAACUGAUGAUGAUCUUCCACCGUUUCUUCACAAUCGCGGAGGGCCUGUUACUGGUAGUGGAAAAACUACUGCUGCUGCACCUCCAUGCUCUAGGAUGCAGAAUGAUAUGGAGAGCGUAAUACAUCAGCUUGAGCAAGAAGCAUACUGUUCUGUUCUUCGGGCAUUUAAGGCCCAAUCAGAUGCUAUUUCUUGGGAGAAGGAAGGUUUAAUUACUGAACUGAGGAAAGAACUGAGACUAUCCAAUGAGGAACAUAGAGAAUUGUUACGCAGGGUUAAUACUGAUGAUAUCAUUCACCGAAUAAGGGAGUGGAGGCAGGAAGGUGGAGGACAAUCUAAUUUAAUUAAUAAUGUUCAAAGUAUACAUGAUCUGGUUCCCAGCCCAUCUGGUUCAGCUUCUAAAAAAAGGCAAAAGACAUCUAACUCAGCAGCUUCCUUACCGGGUGGCUAUCUCCCCAAGCUGCACUCGCAACCAGGUGCUGCUUCCAUGCAUCCAUCAGCAUCAACUGUAAGAAAAGGAAAUGUAGCUGGGGCCAAAACCAAGAAGACUAAACCAAAUCCUUCUUCUGGUUCAAGUGUCAGGGAUCAAAUUAAAAACAUAGCAACCAAACCUGGUGAAGCUGCAGCAAAUGCUUCACUGAUUGGACGGAAAAUCAUGACAAGGUGGCCUGAUGAUAAUAACUUCUAUGAAGCUGUUAUAAUUGACUAUAAACCUCGUGAGGGUUUACAUGCUCUUGUGUAUGACAUCCACACAGACAAUGAGACAUGGGAAUGGGUCAAUCUCAAUGAGAUUGCUCCUGAAGAUAUACGGUGGGUAGAUGUGGAGCCUGUUAUGUCCAAUCCAAGUGGUCGUCAUGGAACUGGACCUGGUAAAAAGCAGCUCUCAGGUCUCGGUGGCAUCGUUCCAUGUACUGGUAAAGGUGGAGGGUCCUCUAAGAACCAAUCCAGCAAAAAUUACAUGUCAUCACAGAAUUGGACUGGAAAGAAGGGAUCUCAAGAUAUUACAAUAUUUGAUACAAAGAUUCUGGUUAAGGAUGUGGAGAGGGUUCUUGAUGCAAGUCCUCCAGAUCCUGUAGAGAUUGAAAUGGCAAAGAAAAUGCUCAAAGAGCAGGAACAAUCACUGAUCGAUGCAAUUGCAAGGAUUGGUGAUGUGUCUGAUAGUGAAAGUGCAGAGGGAGAGGAGCCGUUGUCGCAGAGACUAUGCAAAGAGCGAGGCAGGGCAUGGGGUGAGGGGCAGCAUGGUAGGAAGCAGCAAGCACUUCUUUUUCAGGACCCUGAAGGUUCAAGAUGGUGAUCAUAUAGCUGGUGACGGCGAUGGCACCACAACCGGCUAUUGAGGAGGAGACGAUGACAACUGCAAUGAUCAUUCUACCCGGAGGAAACCAAACAUAGCCAGUAGCAUGUGACAAUGUGCACGGCAAAAGCCAUGCCAAGAAAAUUUAUGGAGACGCAGUCUUGUGUGAUCUCCCAUUUGAUCCGAAGGGAAUAAAGAAGUGCAUCACCGGCUUAUUCUUUUACGGGAACUUUGUUUCUAACCAUCUCCACCGUUUUUGAGUGGAUGCAUCAGCCAAUUGAAGCAAACAGUGAGAGUAAAGAAUGUAAUGGCUGCGAUGAUUCAAGAUUCUUUUAUUGGAACUCAUAAUCCCGUAUUUUUCUACAGUGUUCGGCAAGUUUAAUUUUCUGCAUUGGCUAAUCAGUUGGAAGAAUUCUGAGAAAUUACUUUCCCA